AGACAUUGAUGAUCACGAUCGUCCAUUUUUCUCGGUCAUUUGAGGUCCUUAUGAACGUGUCGUUGUCGAUGCUAUUGUUAGUAGCCCAGUUGUCAAGGCUCUGCACAUAUUUUAUUCUUUACCUUCCUCUGCUUUUCUUUCCACGGAUCUUACCCAUCACACUGAGUUGUUCUAGUCCUCCUUUUCUGUUUACAUGUCCAAAAAAUUUCAUUUGUCUCUUCCUUAUUGUUUCAGUUAAGCUCCUUUUUUUUACUCCUGCAAGGAUUAAGACUUCUUGGUUCAUCUUCAUCUCCUUCCAGGAUAUUUUCAUGAUUCUUCUGAGGAACCACAUCUGACAGUAACAUCGUUGGACCAGGAGAGCAGGUAAUGAGGGGUGUGAUUGCUGAAUGAUGUCACUUGAGGGUGGUCAUGGAAAAGCUCAGGUGAGACCACUGUGUCUCUCCUCAUACCUGAAACCCUCAGAGAAAACCAGCUAUGGAACCUGCCAAGUUCUCCGACUUGUACUCUGAAGUCAUCGUCAGCUCGAGUGCAGAUGUUCAGGGUCCUCCUAAGAAGGAGCCCUCGGGGCCUGAAAGCAGUGAGGAUGUGGCGGGUCAAGUAAGACUCCACCCGUCUCCAUCUCGCAGGAGACAUCGAACCACCUUCAGCCAUGAGCAGCUGGAGCAGCUGGAGUUAGCCUUCAGACACAACCACUAUCCUGAUAUCUACUGCCGAGAGGAGCUGGCUCAGCAAACUAAACUCAAUGAAGCUCGCAUCCAGGUUUGGUUCCAGAACCGCCGUGCCAAGCAACGGAAACAUGAGCGGGCCACUCAGAAAUCCCUGCAAGGAGGUAUGAUGCCAGGACGUGGGAUUCUCCCAAACAGUGCACGUGGUGGUAUGGCAAGACAGUACCAGUGCUCUCACUCCCUACCACACAUGCCCAAGUUUUCCUCAGUGCUGCCCUCUGCUGAUUUCUCUCCCCACACAGCAGCCGGCACUCAGCUGGCCUGCCCUUCAGCUCCCACUGCGGCCCAGCCUGCCAGGCAGCACGAGGACUGGUACUGCCAGCUAAGGCAUAUCGGCGCACCGGCUGCCAGCCUGCCCCACGCCUCAGUGUUUUCCCUGACCUCUGUGCCAGCGCUGGAGCCAGCCGUCCACUGGAAUUAGAGUAGGCUGAAAGAAUGAAAGUCUAAAGCCGCUCAUUUUUAUUAUUUUGUUAGUUUAUUUGAGCCACGUGCUCAGAUAUUAUUGCUUUUCUUUUUAGGUCAAUGAUUUAACAGUAAUGCUUGUGUGGGUGAGAUUCAGUACACACUGUCUUUAAUAUGGACAGAAAAAAAAAAAUUGUUUUCACACAUUUUAUUACAGUUCCAAAACAGAUCUUGCCUUAAAGUUAAUAUACUUCUCUAAAACAAAAAUACUUCAUUCACAACCCUACUAGCAUCACACUUAAUAAUUGUAACACUCAUUUACAGUCCGAAUAGUCUAACUAGAUUUAUGUUUGACCUUCUAGAAAAUCCUCUUACCACCUGAAUAUGGGUUGUUAAGCAUUCAUUUAAUUAAUAACGACUUUUUCAACAUUGUCAUUUUGGUAGAAA